ACGCCGUGGUUCAAUCUUAGCUUGAUCAUGGUUGGCCGGAAGCUGAGGGGGGCGGGUCUAGGAGGCCGUACUGCGAGGGGGCGUGACCAUGCUGGCGGGGGCGCGGUUGGACCUGGGAGCUUUAGGGCGCGGGGUUGGCCUCCGAAGGGGCGGGGCCUAGGGCGCGGGGGCGGGGCCUGUGCGGGCAGCGGCGCCGGCCGAGUGGGCUGCGGAGAUGCGGGGGACGAGCUGCGUGGGCGGCGGCGGCGAGAGCCCGGGGGGCGCGGGGCUGAGCGAAGGCCCGCGCGGUCGGUGGCUGCGCCUGGCUCCCGUCUGCGCCUACUUCCUCUGCGUCUCGUUGGCCGCGGUGCUGCUCGCCGUCUACUACGGGCUCAUCUGGGUUCCCGCGCGGCCCCCCGCGGCCCCCGCCCGCCCGCCGCCGAGCGCGCCGUCCCCUCCAUGCGCUGCCCACCCGGGCGCGCCGCCUGCCCCGGCGCCCGCCGCUGCCUCCGUCUCCUGCCUCCUGGGAGCCGCCGGCGGGCCGCGACCCCAACUCGAGCUGCCGCGCAGCCGCCGCCGCCGCCGCCACAGCCACAGCGACCCCAGCCGCCACCUGAGCCACCAGAUGCCCGGAGAGACACAGGAGGCCGCGGGGGGGCGAGGACCAGGGUAACCACCCCUUCCACCGGACCGCAGGCCCUCGAGAGCCCGCGCCCCACCGAGGAUGCCCGUGCCCGUCUGGGCCAGGACUCCGUCUUCAUUGGAAUAGCAGUGUUUCUGGAGCUGUCAUCCUGAAGAAUGGGGGUACGGGGGAGCUGGCUCGGGGCGGCCACCACCUGGCAGACCACCUCCUGACCCGCCUCCAUAGGAUCUGAGCACAGCGCCCACCCCCCUCCUCUCCGGCCUCGGUGUCUUUCCGUCCACCUGCAAUAAACUCCAGACCCGCCUGUCUGGUGCUGUCUGUCUUGUCUGCUCAAGUUUGUGAGGGAAGCCUUUCCUGGCGUCUGGUCUUUGUCUGUCUUGCUCGGAGGGGCCGGUGUGUGCUUCCCUUCCUUCGGGGCCCCUUUUCUUGCACCCCCAUCAUGCAGUUCUCGGGGUGGGAUGGGGAUGGGAAACAGGCUUAUCUGCAGCAGGGCAGUUGAAGGUCAGACAGUGAGCAGAACUUCACAGGCUUUUGCAUGCCUUGGGCGCCAAGCCGAGGGCCCGCCCUCCUGUCACAGCACAGGGGACGGGCGGAGAGGUGGGAUGAUUUCAAGCAAGAACCGGGGUUCGGGGGUUUGUGCUCAGUGUAAUUACAAGGUCGGGGACAGAGGCUUCGCCGCUCUGAGGUGCCAGGAUGCUGCUGGGAGGGGAUGCCUUCUUCCUGGGGCCUGAGACUGAGCGCGGGCAGCGAAGGUGGUGGGCUGCUCUGCCGCCCUGGGAACCACGGAGGAAGUUCUCAAAGCACCGGGCGGCCUUUGAAGACUAUACCACCUCCCUGGGCAGCGGCGGCUGGCAAACCGAGGCAGAGACACUGGUCCUGCUGAGAGAGGUAGUUGAGUACAUUGUCCUCCCUAGAAGCCCGAGGCCUGGCUCUGGGCAGGGCACUGGGCCUCGAAGGCAGAAACAGUUUUCCCAUCUAGCCUCCUCCUUUGAACUGGAGCAGUGGUUCGCAACCUUGGCUGCCCAUUAGAAUCACCUG